AUGAUAAUUGUUAAUGAAAGGAAGAAAGUUGUUUUGCAAGCCAUCAAAAAAGUGCUUAAAUGUGAAACUUUGGAUGUGGAUGAACAGGAUACUCCUACAAUUGCUGUUCUGGCAUCAGGUGGUGGACUGCGUGCUAUGAUAAGCUUGGCAGGGACCUUGGAAGCACUGAAUGAAGCAGGUCUGCUGAACUGUGUGACAUACCUCUGUGGAGUGUCUGGCUCAACUUGGUGCAUGUCAUCUAUUUAUGAUAUUCAAGAUUGGACAAAGUUCGAUGAAGUGGUUCAGAAAAUUAAAGAACAAAUUACAAAAGAUAAAGUUGAAUGGGAUGAAAUUAUAGCUCAGCUGAGAGGCAGAGUUAACGAAGAUACAUUUUCAUUGACAGAUAUAUGGGCAAUAUUUGUUGCCUAUUUUAUGACACAUCAGGUAAACAUUCAAUGGCUAAUUUAA